GCGGUUUAUUCGCAUCUUACCACGUAUUUAUUGAAAAUUUUAGUAAUGCAUCUUGAAUGUAGUCACUUUUGAUUCGUUUUACUCCAGAUGAACUCCUCAAAAGCAUAUUUGCUACUAGCCUUCCGGCAACGGACCUCAUUGCGGCCAUCAACCAGCUUACUACACCCACAUCUUUUGAGUCACUUUAAGGGAAUAACAAAUCCCGUCUCAUCAAUAUCUAUUCGCAGCCACUCUAACAUGCCCCCAAAAUUAAGAGAAAAUCCAAAGAUAAGUUGUCAAUGUGGCACCAUCUCCCUCACAGCCUCGCGCGCUGAACCUCUUGGCAAAUAUGUAUGCCAUUGCACAGAAUGCCAGAAACAAUCGGCUUCUGCAUUUGGUAUCUCUGCUCUCUUCCCAUCUGAGGGAAUGUGGCCAUUCCCCAAAGAAUUACAACAGCACAUUGGCAUGUGGGCUAGGCCAGCGGACUCGGGCAACACAGUAGAGUGCUACUUCUGCAAAGUGUGUGGCGUUCGUAUCCUGCAUCGGGUUAUCUUCAAAGAUGGUACACCUAGGCCCUCACUUGCGGUGAAAGGUGGCUGUGUCGAAGGUUUUAAUAUGGACGGUGCCAAACAUAUUUACACAAGGUCAGCUUUGGUGCCUGUGCCGGAAGGUAGUGAUCUAGGAGCACCACGCGUGAAGCCAUGAAUGUGGGGUUAGUCUGAAUAAACCUACGUACAUGUAUUCAGAUGGGAAUGCAGGCUUGUUGUGUAGAGCCUGAUGACCGUAUGAAGAUGAGUCAGGCUAUAAUUAUUCACGAAUAGUAUAGCCAAUGACUGAGAUGCUUGCUUACAAUGCAGAUGAGUACUCACAAUGGAGCAAUGGAAUAACUGC